AUGAAAGCGGCAUUGCUGGUAGUGGACAUGCAAGAGGACUUCUGUCCGCCGAACGGAUCCCUCGCCGUCAACGGCGCGCGCGCCCUCCACCCCAUCAUCAACUCCCUCCUCGCGCACCCCGGCUUCACCACCCGCGUCGCCUCCCUCGACUACCACCCCUCAAACCACAUCUCCUUCGCCAGCAACCACCCCCCAGCCACGGCCGCCACCGGCGCCAUCGCCAUGAGCAAUCCCGCCCCGGGCAAAGAACACGAAACGAAGCCCCAGAAACUGUGGCCCGCGCACUGCAUCCAAGGCACCAAAGGCGCCGAGCUCAUCCCGGAACUCAACGCCUCCAAGAUCGACCUAUACGUGCGCAAGGGCCUGCUCAGCACCGUGGAAAUGUACUCCGCGUUCGCGGACGCCUUCGGCAACGUCGACCCCGGGGUGAAUGGGCCGUCGGCGGACGCGGACCUGGCGGCGUAUUUGACGGAGAGGGGCGUCACGCGCGUGUUUACGGUGGGCGUGGCAGGGGACUUCUGUGUCAAGAAUACGGCGAUCGAUGCGGCGAAGGCGGGGUUUCGGAGUUAUUUGGUGGAGGAUGCGACGAGGUGUGUGGAUCCUGGGGAGGGCUGGGACGAGGCGCGGAGGGAGUUGAAGAAGGCGGCCUACGCCACAUUGCUUGCCCUGCUGCAGGGUGACAUGGAUAAUCCGAUUUUAUCAAGGAUUGUUUACGAUGCCAACCCCUUCCUUCAUCCUGCAUUCCGGGCUGAAGGCAGGUCAAUCGCUGCUCGAAUCGUCACUGGCGCAGCGGGUCCCUCUGGUGACGAUCGCAGCUCCCGUUGGUCGUCGCUAUAUAACACGACCUUCCCCCUACCUUCUUUGACUCCGCCCUUUCCGGCCUACGUUGACUACAGCUUCUCCUAUCUACUCCGUACUACGACUACGGACUCGCCGGCCAUGUCCAACGCCACGGAACUCUCUCCGGCCGUCACAACGCUAGACAACGACGUCAGCACGACGCUGUCCACCGCGUCCGCCGGGUCGCUUCCGUACUGGCACGUCAACGUCCCCCACGCCGACCGGCCCACCCACUGUCCCGACUUUCUCCGCAACACCAGUCAGAAGAACAUCGAGAUCCUGUCGACGCCUGACGAGCAAUAUCAACGACAGGGAUGGGAGCUGGUGAAGGAUAUCGUGCGGACCAAUCGCAUCGAUCUAUUCCAGCGCGUGCCGAGUGACUUGAGGAAAUAUCUGGAAUUCAAGGAGCGCAUCAUCGCCUUGCAUGGGUCCAUUUUGCGGUUCAUCAUGAAGGAGCGGCUGCGAUGGGGGGAAGGGGCAGUUGAGGAUCUGAAGCCGAAGGGGCGGCCGUUCGAACGCGAUGACGACAUCAAGAUCUUAUAUAAUGACUGGCCGUACGGACUCGAGGAUGGCAUUGUGCAUCUGGUGGUGUGGACGAAGUUCGAGCUGGAGGACGACCCGGCCACGGACGAUCUGACGCCGCGUGCGCGACGCGAAAUCGACGACUACGUGGACAGGACGUUUCGAUCGAGAGUUCCGUCAGAGAAGGUGGUUUGGUUCAAGAACUGGAAAUCGUUAAAGUCGGUGAUGGCGGUUGAGCACUUCCACGUCAUGCUGUACAAGCCGGAUCCAACAUUCCUGAGGGAGAUCACGCAGGGCGAUGAGCCGUUGAUUGCGAGACUGGGACGGAGUAACCUGUGA